AUGCAGCCAUCUGCCUUCUCCCACGAGCAAGGUGGCGGUGCCGGUCAACACGGCGGCUUCUACGGUCAGCAAGCCGGCGCGUAUGGUACCGGCGGUGCACCUCACCACAAUGCACACACUGGUGUACACGGCGGAUACGGAGGUUACGCUGCCCACCCCUCGCACGGUGAUCAGUCGCCCUCAAUGUCCUAUCUCCAGCCUGGCAGUGGCCAUUCGACUCACAUGGGCAUGUAUGGUGGCUACUCUGGACACUACCCUACCCACCACGCGAACCCCCAACAGCAGCAGCACUACUCCCAUGUCAAUGCAGCAGCCUUUGGCGGCCAACCCGGAGGAGGUCAAUCCAUCCUUGGCGGCAACAAUGUCGACUACCAGGGUGGCGUGCAUCCCUCGUCAUACUCACACAUGGCUCCUCAACACGGCAUGUACUACCAGGAUGCAGGCGGUAUGAUGCACCCCGCACAUGCUCACAACAUGAUGGGCUCUGCCGGUACGAUGCCCGGCUCCGGCUACUCUCACCCUAGCGCCAUCGCUGCUCCUCUGCAGACGCCUGCUGGUGCAAAGGGAUCUGGAAAGGCAUCUCGAGCUCCUGCCUCGGGUCGUAAGGGCUCCGUUGGCGGUGUCGGAAACGGCGCAGGUGCACCUUCCAAGAAGGCAGGUGGCGGUGCCAAGGGCGCCAAAGCGCAGGCACAAUCCGAUGCCAUCGCUGCUGCUGCAGCAGCGGGUGUCGAUCCCAAUGACCCUGUCGCAUUGGCUGCCAUGGGCAUUGUCUUGGAUACUCCCGCCUCUGGCAAGGCCAAAAGCAGCAAGGCCAACACCGGUGGCGACAGGCACCAUCCAUACGGUGGUGCGGCCCCUGGCGGUCUAGCUCCCGACGCCGGCGAGAAGAAGGACAAAGUCAGCAAGAAGAAGGAGAAGGAACCUGGCAAGCCUCCCGUCCUCAAGUCCCACUUGAAGCCCCCCAAGCAGGCCCCAUCGGCAUGGCAGGUCUACUUCACUGAGGAGCUGCAGAAGAUCAAAGCCGAGCAGCCCGGAGCCCGUCUCAACGUCGCCCAUGUGGCCAAGGAUGCCGGCCAACGGUACGCCGCUCUUCCCGACGAGAAGAAGCAAGAGUUCCAAAGGCGCUCGCAAGAAGCCAAGCAGCAGUGGGAGCAAGACAUGCUGGAUUGGAAGUCACAUCUCACUCCGGAAGACAUCAAGCAGGAGAACAUGUUCAGGACGGCUCAGCGCAAGGCUGGAAAGAGUCGCAAGGGCAAUCUCAAGGACCCUAACGCUCCCAAGAAGCCUCUCUCUGCUUACUUCCUGUUCCUGCGAGCGAUCAGGGCAGACCCAAAGAUGACCGAAGAUGUCUUCCAUGGCGAGCAAGAGACUACCAAGCAGUCGGUGCUAGCCGCUGCAAAGUGGCGCAGCCUCGAGGAACCAGAGAAGCAGCCAUUCUUGGAGAAGGCCGAAGCCGACAAGGUCGAAUACGAGCGUCUGAGAAAGGACUACGAGGCUUCUCACGGCGUCGGAGGCGAUGGUCUGCGCGAUGACAGCGAGGAAGGUGGCUCUGCUGUGGGUGGUACUGGAGACUAUGGAGGCUACGACGAAGGCGAAGGAGGUGUGCCCCCAAGCUUGGCUGCAGGAGCCGGUGGUGACGAGGCCUUCAAACUUGACAGCCACUUUGGACUGGGUGAGGACGCCGUGCUGGGCUUCUCGAGCAAGGACGAAGGUGGCUUUGGCUUGGAGGGAUGA